AUGGCCGCAAAAGCAAAGAAGGCGGCCACUCCGGAGAGCGAGAGUAGCUCAUCGAGCCGGUCCACCUCCCCCGAACCUGCGCAGAACAAGGCCAAGAGCGAAGCGGAGGAAUCGUCGAGCUCCGAGUCGGAGGAGUCGUCCAACGAGCGCAGUGAGAGUGGCAGUGAAAGUGACAGCGAUUCCUCAUCGGAUGAGAACUCUAAGCAGGAGUCCAACGGCAAGAAAGCGGAAAAACCCUCCGCCCGCGUCUCGUUCCAAGCCCCCCAACCGUACAAGCCUCCGUCGGGCUUCAAAUCCGUGAAGAAACAGUCUCCUCCCUCCGCCAGCACCGCGUCUCUUCUCUCCGACCUCAGCGGGAAGCAAGUCUACCACAUCACUGCGCCGUCCUUCCUUCCGCUGGACACCGUCAAAGAGCUCUCGUUAAGCAAAGUCAUGCAGGGCGAGCCCAUCCUGAAACACAAGGGCGCGCAGUAUGGGAUCCCCGUCGACAGCAUGAACCAGAACGAUACGGGCGAGAAGACGCUGUUUCUCUACGACCCCAAGACGCAGGCAUACACUAGCACGCCCGUCCGCCACAUUCAGAGCUACCACAUCCAGCGGAUGGCCACUCUUCCCAAGCGGUCGGAGACAGAAGAUAAGGUCCUGGAAGCGGCGCAGAAGCUGGUCAAGCCGCCGCGGAAACAGCCCAAGAACCUGAAGAUGCGUUUCCGGCCUCUGGGCAGCGGCGAGGCGCCGCCCGAAACUCUCGGGUCGGAGUCAGAGGGCGAGGGGGAGGAAACUACCUUCAAGGUUCCCAAGGGCGCCGAGAAGGAGGAGAGAAAACGCAAGCAUCACCACACGGAGGCCGACAGCAGCCAAGCGGGAGUGCCUCGCAAGAAGUCCAAGAAGCACUCGGAGAGCGGCGAGAAGGCCGAAGGCAAGGAAAAUGAAAAGUCCAAGAAAUCCAGCAAGAGCAAAGAGGAAAAGAAACGCAAGAAGUCGGACAAGACUGCGUGA